UACAAGGACUUUGGUACCACCAUCUCUGAGCCGCGCACGUCUGCCGCGAAUGGGCAGCCCCGACCGCCCGUCCUCUCCCACGGACGACUCGGGCAGCACGCUGACCUCGACGGGCACGUCGGCGGGCAGCACGGCCGUCAUGUCUGCGCUGGAGGAGCUGCCGCCGGGCCGCUGGUCCAUCCGGCGCUCGUUGGGGAUCCGGCGCUCGUUGGGGAUCAUGCGGCGACGCGGAUCUCCCGCCGCGCGGCGACACGCCUCGUACGACGCGCCCACCUCCGGCGUCGCCGAGCGCUUCGUCGCUGAGCUGCGGGCGCGGCGCGCCGAGCGGCUCGCGCGUGAGCGGAGGCAGGCGCAGGACGGCGCGCUGGUGCACGACGAGGCGCACGGGUGGGACUGGCUGGUGGUGCACCCGCACUCGCGCCGCAUGGCCCUCUUCGACCUCCUCGUCUUCGUCUGCGUCUCCGUCACCGCCGUCUCUCUCCCUCUCGAGGUCGGCUUCUCCAUCGCAGCGACGCCGCCGCUCCGCAUCGUGGACGUGCUCAUGUCCACGGUAUUCCUGAUCGACGUGGCGCUGCAGUUCGUGCACGGCUCGAUGCACCGCGGCUACCCCGAGCUCCGCCUCCGCCGCAUCGCCCGCCGCUACCUCCGCACCUACUUUGUCCCCGACCUGCUCGCGUCGCUGCCGUACGGGCUGAUGGGCACGUCGCCGGCGCUGCAGGCGAUCGGCAUGGUGCGCGUGCUGCGCAUCCUCCGCUUCCGCCGCCUCACCCACCAGCUGAAGAAGCUGCCGCUGCUGGGCGCCGUCAUGCGCUCCCCAUUCACGCGCGUCGCGGUGACGCUGCUGGUGUGGGUCUACAUCUGCCACUUUUAUGGAUGCGUGUGGUACCUCGCGGGAUCGCUCUCUCUCUGCCUCGACGACCCCCUCUACCCCGACGGCACCUGGCUCACCGCUUACUACUCCGAAGACGGCGGCGACGAAGACGAGGAGGUCGAAGAGGGCCAUGCGGCGCGAGUGCGGGUGCACCACCAGCCAGUCCCACCCGUGCGCCUCGUCGUGCACCAGCGCGCCGUCCUGCGCCUGCCUCCGCUCACGCGCGAGCCGCUCGGCGCGCCGCGCCCGCAGCUCAGCGACGAAGCGCUCGGCGACGCCGGAGGUGGGCGCGUCCGCCGGAUGGACCAGCGGCCCGGCGGCAGCUCCUCCAGCGCAGACAUGACGGCCGUGCUGCCCGCCGACGUGCCCGUCGAGGUCAGCGUGCUGCCCGAGUCGUCCGUGGGAGAGGACGGGCGGUCGGGGCUGCCCAUUCGGCAGACCAAUAUCGAAAGACAGUGA